GCCCACCGGGGCCUUCCCGCUCUGGGGCCAGCUUUGUCGAGCUUCCACCUGGGACUGAUGGGUCACGGCCUGCCCCUCUGUCUGCAGCUUUUCCUAGAUGACUCCAAAAUGAAGAACUUCAUCACCUGCUUCAAAGACCCGCAGUUCCUGGUCGUCUUCUUCUCUCGCCUGAGACCCAACCGCAGCGGGCGCUACGAGGCCUCCUUCCCCUUCCUCUCACCAUGCGGCAGGGAGCGCAACUUCCUCCGCUGCGAGGACCGACCCGUGGUCUUCACGCACCUGCUGGCCGCGGACCCCGGGCCCCCGCGCCUCUCCUACUGCGGCGGCGGCGAGGCCCUGGCCGUACCCUUCCAGCCGGCGCGCCUGCUGCCCCUGGCCGCCAAUGGGCGGCUCUACCACCCAGCGCCGGAGCGCGCGGGCGGUGUAGGGCUGGUGCGAUCGGCCCUGGCCUUCGAGCUCAGCGCCUGCUUCGAGUACGCGCCUGGCGCUCCCGACCUGCCCUCUCACGUGUGUUGGCAGGGCCGCCGUUUCGCGCUCACUAUGGACCUGGCCCCGCUGCUGCUCGCUGCCCCACCACCCUGAGCGGCGCCGCGCGGCCCGCGUCGCUGCGCACGCGCCACCCGGAGAGCUCGCUGGCUGAGGCUGAGUGCGCGUGCGCGGCGAAGGCGCACCGCUGCCCCGCUGCCCCGCUGCCCCGCUGCCCCGCUGCCCCGCCCCGCCCGGCGCUGUCCGUGGUGCUACCGCGGCCCGGGCCCCGACACGGGGAGGGGCUGGGUCACCAGCCCUCGGUCCCUCCCCACACACCUCGCCUGGGGUGUCCUCGGCGUCCUCUGGUUCGGCCGGCGCUCGCGACGGCAGACCCGGGCGGCCGGGCGGGAGGCGCCGGCGCUCCAGUGCGCGAGCGCGAGCGGCGCCCGCCCCUCCCCCGCCCUGCGCUGCUCGGUGGGCCAGGGUUCGGCGGGGGAGCCGCACCGAGGAAGCGUCAGGUGAGGGGUCCGCCCGACCCAAGGUCAGCGGGCGAGGGGGCGGGAUCGCGGGCCGUCCCUGCUCACCGAGAAAGGCUUGCGACCUGGCGGGGACCACACCCUGCCCUGUACCGGCCCGGGACAGACCAUGCCUGAGGCCGUGGACGAUCAAGACUCCCGACUCUGCGCCUGAGAGGAUCGCAGGUCUUCCCCUCUUACCCCUCCGAGCCUCCCUCCCCCUCAAAUGGGUGCCCUGAGACAGUGACAACCCACCCCUGCCCAGCCGGAUUAGGGGUUUUCCCCUAGGUAAAAGGAUUUCUGGGCUGGCCUCCCCUGCCCUUCCUGCUUGGCCCUCAUCCUUGCCCAGGCCAGCCUUUAUACACGAAUCAGCAUCUAGGAGCUGUCCAUCAGAGCAGUAGUCCCCCUGAGUCCUGAGGAGGAGGCCAAGAACCUUCUAUAUUUGAGAGGCCUUGCUGCUGGAAGCUGGGUGGCCACCCUGGGCCACCCCUUUUGUUCAGGGAAAUGGGUCCCAGGGGCUUCAGAGAAUGCCCCCAGUUUCUUGGGGCUCACCUACAUUCUGAGACAUCUGGGAACUGCCUCUGCCUGAGCCAAAGCUAUUCCAUUAAAACUUUUGCUGUGCC